AAUAUUCUUUAUAAAUAUUUGAUAUAAAAUCCCUUUGCCCUUAUUAUUACAAAUUUAUUUAACGAAAAUAAACAUUGAAUUUUUUUUUGUCCAUAAUGUCAGAAAUUCGCGUAGUUGUUGCUAUAGACUUCGGAACAACGUAUUCUGGAUUUGCUUACGCUCAUAGAUCAAAUCCGAAUGAAAUAACGGCAUAUUGUAAUUGGCAAGACUACAAUGCACGUUUUAAAACUUUUACUGUUUUAAAAUAUGAUGAAUCACUCAAAUUAAUAUCAUGGGGAUACCCUGCAUUAGCAGAAAAACCAAACAGAAGGAAAAAACCUUCCAAUAUAAAACCCGUAGAAAGAUUCAAGUUACAUUUAGGUGACAUGGAAAACAAACCAUAUUUACCGGAAGGAUUCGAUUUUAAGACUGCCAUAACAGAUUAUCUUCGAGAAAUGGGUAUUGUCAUAAAAGAAACCAUAAAAACUAAAUGGCAAAAAAUUGACUUUUUUAGACAAGUAUUAAUUGUUAUGACGAUUCCAGCCGAAUUCGAUAGUCAAGCCAUGAAGAUUAUGCGCAAAUGCGCUUACGAUGCUGGAAUUAUAAAUGAGGGCAGUGAAAAUCUAGAAUUUACGACGGAACCUGAAGCAGCAGCGGUUUACUGUAUGAAGAAAAAGGAAUAUCAUAUUGGCGUUGGAUCAUCGUUUAUGAUCGUCGACUGCGGUGGCGGCACGGUAGAUUUAACGACACGUAAGCUUUUGGAAGGUGAUAAACUGGAAGAAGUUACUGAACGUGAAGGGGAUUUCUGUGGUGGAAGCUUUGUAGACGACGAAUUUCUUAAAUUUAUUGGUGAAAAAGUUGGAGAAUCAGCUCUUAAAUUAGUCAGGAAAAACCAUUAUAGCCAAUUACAAUAUAUGGUACAGGAUUUUUGUAGACGCGUCAAAAUUCAAUUUACCGGACAAGAAUCACAUGCCCAAACUCACGAAUUCGAUUUAAGUAAAUUGUGUCCUGUUUUAAAACAAUGCGUUAAAGGAGAAAAAUAUGACGAAAUGGAAGAAAUGGAAUGGAUAGUUGAAUUAACGUUUGAUGACGUUAAAUUAAUGUUUAAUCCUGUCAUAGAAAGGAUUAUAUCUUUAAUUCAUAAACAACUUGAUAAAUCUCAUGAAAAUGGUUACGAUAUUUGUGCUAUGUUCUUAGUUGGUGGUUUCAGCGAAUCAAAAUAUUUGCAGGCAAGAAUUAAAAAAGAAUUUGGGGAUAAAGUACCAAAUAUAUCCGUUCCUAUACAACCUGUCACCGCAGUUGUAAGAGGAGGUAAAGUAUAAAAGUUUCGAACAAAAGUUGAUGGUGUUUACACUGCUUAUACUAAAGAUUCUUUUCACAAAUUUAGCCGUUCAAUUUGGAUUGGAAA